CACCGGGCAUUCUGUGGGUAGCUCCUGGGCGCGCUUCCGACCCAGCUUCUUGUUCCGGCACCGAGGACGCCAGACUGACCGCUUUGACCCGCUUGGCAUUGGGUGGACGGCAUCUCGGCCCCCAAAUGAGCCAAUGGCAUCAUGCCCGCAGUGGCUGGGGUCGGGGACGCGACUUUUCUGGUCGUCCCUCAGCAAAGAGAAAGGGCGGAAACCGCAUCCCGGAAAGGUGGAAAGACUAUCUCCCAGUUGGACAGAGGAUGCCUGGGACUCGAUUCAUUGCUUUCAAAGUUCCUUUGCAAAAGAGUUUUGAAGCGAAACUUGCUCCAGAAGAACGCUUUUCUCCUCUGGAUCUUUUUAACAAAAUCCGAGAACAAAAUGAAGAGCUUGGACUGAUUAUUGAUUUAACAUAUACUCAGCGCUAUUAUAAGUCAGAGGAUUUGCCAGAAACUAUUCCUUACUUAAAAAUUUUUACAGUUGGGCAUCAAGUGCCUGAUAACAACACUAUUUUUAAAUUCAAAUGUGCUGUUAGUGGAUUUUUGAAAGAAAAUAAAGACAAUGACAAACUUAUUGGUGUCCACUGUACACAUGGCUUAAACCGGACUGGUUACCUCAUCUGCAGAUAUUUGAUUGAUGUAGAAGGCAUGAGGCCAGAUGAUGCAAUUGAAUUAUUCAAUAGGUGCCGGGGACAUUGCAUAGAAAGACAAAACUACAUUGAAGACCUUCAGAAUGGUCCUGUCAGAAAGAAUUGGAAUUCCAGUGUAUCCAGGUCAAGUGAUUUUGAAGACUCAGCACAUCUCAUGGAACCAGUCCACACCUCUAACAAGUCUGGUAACCAAGGGUCUAGGUAUAACUUACAUCGGACCUAUGGUUAUCCAAUGCCUUCCCGGCGUUUUCACACCCAGUCCCCACACUUGCAGCAGCCAUUCAGAAAAUUUUCACAAAAUCAGAAUGUUUACCAGAGAGGCCAUAUCCCUCCUCCUGGCCCUGCUGGAGAGGACUAUUCACAAAGGAGAUACUUUUGGAAUGUGAAGCCAAAUGGCAGUCAAGCAGUCCAGGAUAAGAGGUGGUGUCCUGGCAGUUAUCAGAGACUGUCCUAUCCGGCCUACUGGGGAUGGACCGAGUGAUACAAAACCUGUCCUGGAUAUCUCCCUGGAGACCAGAGCUGCACUGAAGAUAACUGGAGUGACUUAAUAAAAUCAGGUCAAAUGAGGUUUUUCAGGUCAAAUGAGGUUUUUGCUUGUUUUUUUUUUUUUUAUUUUUUAUUUUAUAUGUAUCUAUUUUAUUGUUUCCUUUAUAUGUGUUCAAGCUUUUAAAGGAAUUACAUUAAUAUUUACCUUUUUGCUGAUAAAUUUACAGUAAUUACAGCAAUACCAAAACAAAACAAACAAAAAACAGAACAAAAUCUGUCAUUCCAGUCUUAAAGUUUUCUAAAGGAAGAUGAUAUUUUAGAACUUAAGUAUUAAGAACUUCUCUUGCAAGUUAUUUUUUAAAAUAGUAUCUUUUUUCUAUGUAUUUUCUUCUGACUAGACUUGUAACAUAAGUUUGUGUAUGUACAGAAAUUUUUAGUGUUUUUUGUCAUGUUCUAUUGACCCAGUCAUAAGGGUAUCUUUUUUCCAUAAUUCUUCAAAAUUUCAAUUAAAAUUUACCUAGGAGAAAAUUUCUUUA